AUGCCACGCGACUGGCCAUCUCAGCCCCCCUGUGCGCUCCACACUCGGGGGCACCGACUCCCCCUGUCGCCUCCUAGUUUCCUUGGAGGAUUUUUUGGUCCCAUUUGUGAGAUUGACGUGGUCCUUAAUGAUGGAGAAACCAGGAAAAUGGCAGAGAUGAAAACGGAAGAUGGAAAAGUGGAAAAACACUAUCUUUUUUACGACGGGGAAUCUGUUUCAGGAAAGGUGAACCUAGCCUUUAAGCAACCUGGAAAGAGGCUAGAGCACCAAGGAAUUAGGAUUGAAUUUGUAGGUCAAAUUGAACUUUUCAACGACAAGAGUAAUACUCAUGAAUUCGUAAACCUAGUGAAAGAGCUAGCCCUACCAGGAGAACUGACUCAGAGCAGAAGUUACGACUUUGAAUUUAUGCAAGUUGAAAAGCCCUAUGAAUCUUACAUCGGAGCAAAUGUUCGAUUGAGGUAUUUUCUGAAAGUGACAAUAGUAAGAAGACUGACAGACUUGGUCAAAGAAUAUGAUCUUAUUGUUCACCAGCUUGCCACCUAUCCUGAUGUUAACAACUCUAUUAAGAUGGAAGUGGGCAUUGAAGAUUGUCUGCACAUAGAGUUUGAGUAUAAUAAAUCAAAGUAUCAUUUAAAGGAUGUGAUUGUUGGGAAAAUUUACUUCUUAUUAGUAAGAAUAAAGAUCCAGCAUAUGGAACUACAACUGAUUAAAAAAGAGAUCACAGGAAUUGGACCCAGCACCACGACAGAAACAGAAACAAUUGCUAAAUAUGAAAUAAUGGAUGGUGCACCUGUAAAAGGUGAAUCAAUUCCAAUCAGACUGUUUUUAGCAGGAUAUGACCCAACUCCAACAAUGAGAGACGUGAACAAAAAAUUUUCAGUAAGGUACUUUUUGAAUCUAGUCCUUGUUGAUGAGGAAGACAGAAGGUACUUCAAACAGCAGGAGAUCACUUUAUGGAGAAAAGCUCCCGAAAAACUGAGGAAACAGAGAACAAACUUUCACCAGCGAUUUGAAUCGCCAGAUUCACAAGCAUCUGCUGAACAGCCUGAAAUGUGAACUGAAUAGAAGGAAAAAAAGACCACUCCUAUAUCCAUUCAUUUUGGCAGGUUAAAGAUGGUUGCAGCACAUAGUGGGGGAAAGUCAAAACCAUUUUGAAAAGUCUUCCUUUAUCUUACAGUGCUGCAUUUAUUUUAUGAUAUAGCUAACUAAAUGUUCCUCUGUAUAUAGAAGUGUUCUUUGAAACAUUGGGCCUCUUAGGCUCCAAAUUUUGCCUUUUUUUUAAUGACACUUUUAUUGACGAUAAGCACUCAGUUAAAACAGCAUAAAUAUUAAUAUUUUCAUCUGAGUAGGCUAAUUUGUAAUUUUGCUUUCAGUUUGCAUAAUGUUGAUCAUAAAGCUUUCCUUUUUUCAUUCUAAUGAUUACCUCUUACUCUACAUGUAAAAACAUUAAAUAGUUUAUGUUGAAAUAAAAUUAGAAAACCAAGAGUGGCCCUUAUGUCUGCAGAUUUUAAAAACUGCACCUCAGUGUUUCUGAGAACUGUUUGUUUUUUACAGGUAUGUUUGAGAAAUGUCUAGGGCCGUUUUACUGUAGGUGCUUCUGCCUUUUCCAGGGCUUCCUAAAUUUCCCUCUUUUGAUGUCCUCUGUGCUGUGGCUGUUACACAAGUUCCCCAGGAAAUCUGUGUGAUGUGUCACUUCCCUCCCAUAUCAAGUGAUCAUUUUGCUGUGUCUUUUUCAGCAGACUCUCCACUUAAUGUGGCAAUGUUUUCAUGUUAGCAUUUUAGAACUUGUUCAAAAAUAAAAUUUUCUAUCUAUGCUUUGAUUUUUUUUUUAACUCUAAGGACUCUUAACUACAUAUAAUUUUCUUUUACUUUUACAAAUAUUCUCUUUUCAGGGGAAUGUUUGGGAAUGGAGGACUCAGGACCUCAUAGUUACUCAGACUGAAACAAUUUCACACUUGUUAACUGGGAACCUUGCCUAGUUUAAACUCAUUUCAGCCCAGCCCAUUCUGUUAAAUGGCUUAUAACACUGAAUUCAAGUAAUUUCUUCAGAGUCUAAAAAGGCUGCACUCGUCCGUUCAUGCGCAUGGGAUCUGAUCUCAAGAUACACUGAUGCAUUGGGUGUAGGAACUAAAACAAAACCUGUUGUGUGAAGUUACUUUCACUUACGGUUCACUGGUUUUUGUACAAUAUUUUUUAUACACUCCAGUCAGUGCAAGUCUCAUUAGUUUAACCUUGCUUUAGAGUGACCUGAGUAACUCAAUUUCUUUGAACUGUUUUACUACUGUGGCACUUUGACAAAACGGUAGUAUCACCUUCAUUGGCAAAAGGUUCCAGGUAUUACGUGCAGGAGCAUCUGUUUUAAAUGUGCAUUUCUGUGAAUGAUAAUUUUUUCUUCAUGUAAGUGCCUGUUCAGAGUUCCAAAUUUAAAAAUGCCAAAUAUUUUCAUGAUCACUUGCAUGUAAUAGUCUAGGAAAGACUCAAAAGAAAAUUUGAAAACCAGUUGUAUUUAGCCAGCCUCAAAUUGUGCAACCAUAAUGUAUAAUAAAUAAUUUGAAACAGA